CCCGACGAUUAUUAUUCAAUCCAUAUCAAAAAUCACCUCCGGGACCGUCCGGACUGCUCCUACGCUUCUAAACCUACUAACAAAAAAAGCAAGCUUCUCUCAAAUUCUUUGAGCCCCCACGGAGCGGUUUUCCACUGAAACUUUCUUCUUGUCUUUUAUUGAGUGGGAAGGAUAGCGGAUCUUCCCUAACUGCUGGAAAAGUGAAAGAAAACGUAGCGGUCUGAGUUUCCAUGAUCGCCGAUGCGCAUGCGUGGGGACCGUACGGUGGGAGUUUUUCCCAUAACUCUGCCUUCAGACUGACUACAAGGAUAGCCCCCUGAAAAUCUGAGAUAAUCAACUUCUUUCUUUCCCUACAGUCGUCUUAGAAAGGGCUCGCUUCUGAUCUCAACUUCUAAAACGUAGUCAAUGUAGUUUACUCAAUUAAUCUUCGCCUUUGCUUUUCAACUCCUACUCCGCCUCUAUCUGAGAUUCUAAUAAGAGCUUUGAAAGAAAAAAGCUAGUUUCUACAGCAAAUGCUUCACUCAAAUUCUUUGAGCCUCGGACUGACGGCUUUCUUCCAAAUAGUAGGUUUACGGCAAGGGCCACAGCCCGAACCAAGUCUGCCUCAAGUGAGCGUACUGAUGAAGAAUCCAUUCCAGCAAUCAAUCUCUCAAUUCCAUCAAAAAAGAGGACUAGAAAGCCCGAGCGCUCUUGAUUCAAGCGUAUUGCUACAAGUUCGAAUAGUCAAGAAGAUUGGACUUGCCCUCCCUCUUCAAGCUUGAUCCUUGUAAGUCAAGCAUAUGAUAGAUAACCUGGUCGCGACUUGGAACCUCAUUUCCCACGUAGCGGGAAAAUGCACAAAAUGCUAGGUUUGCACCUCUCCGUCAGAGUCUGAUUCCUUGCCGUAGGUUUAGAGGUAGGCUUUUUUCCAACAUAAAUAGUAUUCGGAUAUAUUCUUUGAGUGGUCUCAUUGAUAAGGACAUAUUCAUAUUCAAGUCCUUCCGGAUAUAAAGGUUAGGAGUCUUGACCCUGAUUUACCCCUUAUUCAAUCUUAGAGAAAUGCGCUUCGCUUCUUCUCAAAUUCUGAUCGCCUUGCGGAGUAGGUUAUUGCCGUAGGUUCUGCCUUCCCUUUCUCCUCUGAAGUCGCUUCCCUUCUAGCCUCUCCUUUAUAGUCUUCUUUGAUUUGAGUAGGUUCUUGUUCUUCUUCUUUCUGAUCUGAUCUUUAUCUUUCUCUCUAUCUUCCUCACUCGAGUCUGAUCUUCUCUUUCAAUUCAAGCUCUUCUGAUCUUCUUGUCUUUCUUCUGAUCUUCUCUAAGCCUUCCCACGGAGCGGUUUCAAGUCAGAGGAAUUGCAUUUUGAUGCCUCCUUCUCCUAAACCUACUUAAAUAACCUACUCAACCUACUAUUUGGAAGAAAGCCUAUCAAAAAAAAGGAGCCUUCUAAACCUACUUAAAGGAAUCUGAAGGUUCAAAGCUCAUUUCAUAAAGUGAAUUUUUAUGCCUCACGGUCGGACAGAAGUUUUGGAAUGAAUGAGUCCGACCUGUCUCAUUAAUAAGGGCAGAUGAAUAUGGAUAUAAACAAGUCCGGAGGACAGGUUAAUAUGGAGAAAGAAAAAGCUCCUCAAUGAACAAGGUGAGAAGAAUUUGAGAAGAAAGUACGGAUCAUGAAUUCCACUAAAACUAGGGCCUUCUACGCCUCCUACGCGAGAAAAUGGACAUUUUCAAUGUUUUCGCUAUAGCUGGAAGCAAGAAAAGACGUCAAAUCUCUCUCCUGCUCAUGAAAUAAGAAGAAAGAGGCUCAAAUCUAUGGUUUUGGUCUAAUGCCAAUUCAAUGGAUAAACAAGUCCGACGGAAUAUAUCAAUUUGCAAAUCUCCGCGAAGCUCAUAAUCAGAUAUAAGUCGGCGAAAGAAAUAAGAAGAUAUGAACUUUCUAUAAGUCCGGAGAAGGAUAGGCUUUGAUUUUCUUCCUUUUCUUCUCUUAUUCUUCUAGUUUCAUCUUUUUACCUUAUCAAUGAGGAAAGCCUAUCCUCAGAUUCUUCUAGUGGAAUGAAUGAGUCCUAUUCAAUUCCUUGUUCAUUGAGGACCUUUUCGCAAAUUCUUUGACUUUAUUCAUUGAUUCAGUCUCGUCUCAAAUGCCUAAUUUUUUUCAUAUGGAUUUCGAUCAUUCUUUGAUAAGGAAUUCGCUUCGCCCCUCUCCUUCCUAACCUCAGUCGAGUUCAAUGAGCCUUUCACCUCGACUGUCUUUCUUGAGGGCUCCCACCUAAUAAGGAUAAUGACUUUCGCUUCGCCCCUCUCCUUCCUAACCUCAGUCGAGUUCAAUGAGCCUUUGUUCAUUGACUCCUUCUUAGUCGAGCUUCUUCGAACCGCCCCGUGGGAGUCUCGUCGAUCAUUCUUUGAGCCUCCGGACGGGUGAAAAUCUGAUUUCAGAAUAAAGUCCACUCGCAAAUUCUUUGCCCCUCAUCUGGAGCUUUUGAUUUCCAUAUGAAUAUGAACCUCUUCGAUCAUUCUUUGAUCCUUGAACUUCUUUAUAAGAUAUUAUGGCCUUUCAUCUUUUUCUUCCGCCUCAAUGAAUCUGAAACCUGAUUUAGGCUUUCUUUUCUCUCAAAUUGUUAGUUUCAUACUUUUCCUUUUAUGCUUUCCUGAUUUAGGCUUUCCUCUGGUCUCGCUAUUCCAUAAGCUAGCUUCCUUUUAGUUUCUUCCUCUUCCUCUUUCUUCUUGUUCAUUGAUAGCUUUCUCUCGUCGAGCUUCGCACCUUCUUUUUAGUCUCUUGACGAGGGUAGGCUUUUCUUCUUUUUCUGACUUUUAGCCUAUGCUGGCAGCUUUCAUUCUUUCAUGAGAUCUUUCCGAAGUCAUGUCGAACUAAAAGAAUGAUCAUUCAACUGACAGUCUUCUUUCUUUUUGUCUUUGUUGUUGAAUUGGACGUUCAUUCUAUCUUUUCUAAGAGGAGGAAAUUCUCUCAUCUUUCCCAUUUCUAUUCUCGGAACAGAGGUAUAUUCAUCAUGUCUUUUUUGCUCCUGGUUAGGACAUCUACUUUUCACGUCUUUGACACGGGUUCGAUUCCCGUUAUACGCGAUGUGGCGAAAAAGAGGGAUGAAAGAAGAUAUGCCUUGCCUGCAUUAAGAUUUCAAACUUGUCGUCUACUUUUAGGAAAUGUUCGGAAGAGAGAACUGACAAUAAUACAACGCCGCAUUCUCCGAAAAUUGAGAAACAAGAAGAGAUCUAUUAAGAGAAAGAUUUAUCCGAGAGAAAAUCUGAACAGUUACAUCCAAUCACAAACUACACGAAAGUUGCCCCUUUUUCAUGGGGAUUUACCCAUCACAGAGAUGCACAGAGGAAGAGAACGAACUUCUUAUAUCCCUUUUCCACUCAAUCCAGAAACAAGAUCGGACGUUAUUCCGGUUCGUCUCCAUUUUAGUUCAACUAUUCCUCAAGCAAGGCAGCCGAUAAGUCAUCGAAGGGUUUGUGUGAAUAAAGGAAUGGUCAAAAUUACUCAUUUUCAAGUGUCCCACGGUGAUCUAAUAUCUUUUCAAGAAAAUGAGGCGAGAAGGAGCGGUUCAGAAAUAAGGAGAUCUUUCUAUAUCGAAAUAUCAGUUGACAAAAUCAUAGGCAAAUUCCUGGAUCACCCGGUCAGAAUGUGGAGAAGAAAUCAAAGAGAAUGGUUCCACCUACUCAAAACUCAGAGGGGAUGCCGCCUACUACGAAAAUCCCGGUUUUUGCAAGAGUUGCGUUCUUCUAUGCAAGAAGAAGACUUAGAAAGAACAAAGAAGUUUGGAUCGGAAAAAGUAUGCUUAGGCAGUUCCUUCGCUGAGCACAAGAGAAUGAAGAGGAAUUUGUAUCAUUUUCAAUCCCUAUUCUUAUCGAAUAGAAGGAAGGAGAAAAACCUCAAUCUUCCUACUCGAAGAAGAAGUCCUAUAGAAAACAACUCUUCUUUAUAUAGUAAUUCGACCUAUUGCUCCGCAUCCCCCCAUCAGUUUACUAUGAAGAGCAAAAUCAAAAGUCUCUCACUACCUACUCAUUAUUCGGAGGUGAAUCAUAGAACACUAAAAGCUGUGGUAUCUUAUGGACCUAACAUAGGUCACAUCCCUCACGACAUAAGAUUGAAAGAUCCAAACCUUCCUCUUCGGAGCGGAAACGGACGUGGCCAAAACAUAUAAAGAUCGGCUCGCUCAUAGGGACAUAUCUAUCCGUCUCCAGUCUCGUCUAGAUCGAUGAAUAGAUCUCUUUCUAUCCAUAUGUAUCGCUAUCUCCGUGGAUAGAGAUAAAGAGAAAGAUCAAGCCUACCAUCUAGAUCUUGAUUCACUAUUGCCUUCUUUAGCUAAGGACAAGGAAAGAGAGUUUGUCUUCUAUUAUUAUAUUACUUGCAGGAUCGGAGCGUAUACGAGCGAGCAGAGCCCAGGGAACGGGGAAGCCCGUCAUAGAGCAGUCGACUAGAAGUAUCAGACUGCUGGCCUGAGAGAUGAAAGUAAAGAAGAGUAAGGAAGUUCAUAUGGAUAUAAACAAGUCCCGCAACAAGAUUCAUAUGUCCUUGUUCAUCUUGUAAUUGAAAGGGGCUCCUUAUUUGAUGAUAAUUCAGUCCUUUCGCCUUCUGAUUCAACCCUUAUUAUCAUCAUUGACUCCUUAUCAGUCGACUUUCUUCGCCCCGUGGGAGUCGAGUUAUUUCAUAACCUCCUUUAUCGUCUUCUGGCUGAUUAUUGACGUUAGGAGCAAAGAAUUUGCGAAAGAAGCGACUGGUCCGGAGGCUCAAAGAAUUUGAGACGAGACUGUAAGGAUCAAAGAAUUAUCUCAGAAUUUUCAAGCUCAUUCCUUAUUCUGCCACUUAGAAGGAGUGCAACGAAGUUCAUUCCACUAAUAUGGUCUGGAGGACGCUCAAAGAAUUUGAGAAGCGACUGAAAGUUCGCCUUUGAAUGUCUCAUUGAUAAGGACACAGGUCUCAUUAGAUUAAGGACACAGGUUCAUAUGGACAGUCAAGAGGAGCGAAAGCGGCUCGACUUACAGGAGAGGAGCGAAGCCACUCGACUGAGGUUAGGAAGGAGAGGAGCGAAGCCACUCGACUGAGGUUAGGAAGGAGAGGAGCGAAGCCACUCGACUGAGGUUAGGAAGGAGAGGAGCGAAGCCACUCGACUGAGGUUAGGAAGGAGAGGAGCGAAGCCACUCGACUGAGGUUAGGAAGGAGAGGAGCGAAGCCACUCGACUGAGGUUAGGAAGGAGAGGAGCGAAGCCACUCGACUGAGGUUAGGAAGGAGAGGAGCCGUAGUUAGGAGUCUGAAAGCGGAGGCUCAAAGAAUUUGAGACGAGACUGAAAGGAGAGGGUCAAGGCCCUCAAUCAAAGAACUCGACUGAGGUUAGGAAGGAGAGGCUCCGUUAGGAGUUGAAAGCGAAGUCCUUAUCCCUUGAUUAGGAGCCUGAAUGAACAAGGGCGACUCAAAACAAUAGGGUGCGAAGGUACUCGUAGUUUGAAAUAGAGCGAAGCAGCUCGACUAAGAAGGAGAGGAGCGGUUAGGCGCAAAGAAUUUGCGGGUCCUUAUCCUUAUUAGGUAGGAGUGCAACUCAGAAUGGAAGAGGUUAAUAUGGAUUUCUGACGACUGAGGUCUCGACUGAAAGGAUAAAAUAAAGCUCCAGAUGAGUUGAGAAGAAUUUGAGAAGAAUUUCUCUUCUUUCUUUUUUCUUUCGGGGGCCCAGAAGGCUAAAAGGUGGGGGAGAAGCAAGCCGAACCUCUGAUCGACCCCUGGAAACAUCACAAAUUCUCGGCGUCGAGAGAGAUUUGAGAUUCCGUAAGUAACUCAGCGAGUGCUUUCUAAGCUAAGAAGGGCUUGACUUGGAAGAAGAAAAUGAAAUACGAACAACCG